GAAUUUCUUUGCACAUGGCAGAUAGUCCUGAAUAUCUUAUUCGUGGUUUCAAGUUGGUGUGGUUUACGAUGGUCAUGGGCACAGGCAUUGUAUCCAUCCUCAUCCUAAACUUUCCUUAUGGAGAUUCCACUGCACCCAGCAAAGACUUCAGUGCUGUUUUCUUCUUUCUUAAUCUCGUGUUCUUCGUCCUCCUCAUUGUUGGCUCCACCGGACGGCUCCUCAGCGGCAAAUGGCUUGAUGAUCCUGGGGAUAGCAUAUAUCUCGGCGCGCUCCUCGUUAGCGGCGACACGCUUAUCAAUGAUACGAUAUUGCUCUUGCAUGGAGCGUACAAAUUCGGGGGAGUGCCCUUCGUGUAUGUUGUCUGGGGAUUAUGGUGGUUGGACGUCGCGGCGUCGACUGUAUGCUGUUGGAGUCUGGUUCGCAUAAUAGCGGUGAAGCAGGAUUACUCUCUAGCGUCAAUGUCACUCAGCUGGCUCUUCCCCGCCGUUACCCUCGUCGCCACCUCCUCUUCCGGCGGACUCCUGGCCCAGGCCCUUCGGCUCAUCUCGCCCACUCAUGCCCUCCUCACUGUCACCUUGGCCGCUGUCAUCCUCUUCAUUGGACUCACGCUCUCUCUGACUUUACUCGGCGUGUACUUCUACAAGCUCAUAGUGUUUGGACAUCCGAAAGACGAGGCGGUCAUCACGUCUUUCAUGCCGCUCGGGGCUAUGGGGCAGGCAGGAUUCUCGUUCAUUCUGAUUGGGGAUAACUUUACAGUGCUGUUGCCUGCAGUUGGGAGCGGGAGCGCGUCAAUGUUCUUGGGCGACGUAGCAGUGGGGAAGAUUAUACGUGUAGCAUGCGUGUGCACGGGAUUCAUGCUAUGGAGUUUGACUACGAUGUGGUUCGCGUACGCACUGUUGGCGUUUUAUCUGGUGUUGAGAAGGUCGCGACUCAAUUUUCAGCCGAAGUUUUGGGGAAUGAUCUACCCGAUUGGCGCCUACGGGAACCUGACGAUCGCACUCUCCCGCAUAUUGGACAAUGCGAAUUUCUUCCGCAUCUGGGGAGCGAUAUGCGCAUGCUUCACCCUCAUGCUGUGGCUAUUUGUGUUUGUGCACACGCUCCAGAUGUGGACGUCUGUGUUUGCGCCCACGCUGGUGAAGCUGUUAGGGCGCCCCGAAGGGGGAACACGAAAACGGGAAAUGGAGGACCAGGCUGAACAGGGUGAGGCAGCUGGUAAGUAAUCUGGGCUGGAGUUGUCGGACUCAGGCUGCGUCGAAGAAUGGACCUAUCUGCAGCAUUGCAGUGACAUAUUUAAAGUUAUUGGUGUUGUAUUUAUCAUGAACUGUGACACCGCUCAAUAUUUUGUUGG